AGGAAAAGGUUCAGCUGAGUAACCUCACUGGCCUGGCAGAGCGUGAUGUAAAUUAUCGAGGAGAUCACCAGUCGAAGGAGUUAAGAGUAACUUGAUGCUUUUUCACUGCCAGAACUUCAGAGCUAGCUGCUAGCGCGACCCAUGAAUAAGCAUUGCAAGGACUGGAGUAGCUGUUAGGACUCACCAGGUGCUCAGAGUGAACAGGACGACCGCGUAACGGGCAAACAUGAAGAUCCUGCUGAUUCUGGCUGUUGUACAGCUUCUCCCUGCUCCAGCACACCUUUUUACAGACAGACAGUCCUUUGCUGAUUACUGGGAGGACUGGGGACCUUGGGGUGAUUGUAGCCGUAGCUGUGGCAGUGGGGUGACCACAAGGAUGCGCAGAUGUGUCACCCAGAGGACGGAUGGAGGAAACAACUGUGUCGGGCCUUCCAGGUCUUACCGUUCCUGCAACAUCCAGGACUGUCCAGAGGGGUCCCGGGAUUUCCGAGAGGAGCAGUGCUCACAGUUUGAUGGGAUGGACUUCCAAGGGAAGCAGCACAAGUGGCUGCCAUACUAUGGAGCGGAGAACCCAUGUGAGCUGAACUGCAUCCCCAAAGGAGAGAACUACUACUACCGCCAUCGCGCAGCCGUGGUGGACGGCACGCCCUGCUACCCAGGGCGCCGGGACAUCUGCGUGGAGGGGGUCUGCAAGAGUCUGGGCUGCGACAACAUGCUGGAGUCACCCCAGCAGGAGGACCCCUGCCUGCAGUGUGGGGGGAACGGCCAGUCCUGCUACCUGGUCAGGAACACCUUCUCCAUGCCCAGCUUGCCCAAAGGAUACAAUCAGAUGUUUAUUAUCCCUGUGGGGGCCACCACCAUCAGUAUCCGAGAGAUGGUUGCCACUCGCAACUACCUGGCCAUUAAGAAUCUGCGUGGUGAGUACUAUCUGAACGGGCACUGGGUCAUCGACUACUCACGUGCCACCCCCAUCGCCGGCACCACGCUGUACUACCAAAGAGGCGCAGAGGGAGACAUGGCCCCUGAAACCAUCACGGGCCGAGGUCCCACAACUGAACCCCUGAUUAUUGAGCUUAUCAGCCAGGAGGCGAACCAGGGAGUGGAGUAUGAGUACUACCUGCCACACAAUCGUCCCACUGAAGGCUAUUUCUGGAGCUAUGGCUCAUGGUCCCAAUGCAGCAAGGAAUGUGGAUCAGGGUACCAGUCGCGUCUGGUCUUCUGCGCCAUUGACAAUGAGGCCUAUCCAGAUUACCUGUGUGCCAGCCUGCCACGCCCUCACAGCAACCGCACCUGCAACACACAGCCUUGUCCACAGACUCGCAGGAUGGCGUACCUCUACCAGCCGCAAUUGUGGAGGCCCUUGGAAAGGCCAAGAACGUUUGUGUACAGCUGGAAGAUGGGGGAGUGGAGCGCCUGUUCCACCUCGUGCGGGGGCGGCUCCCAGACCCGCACCGUGCAGUGCCUGUCGCACGAAGCAGAGGGGGCCCGUGUCGUGGAGGACUCCGUCUGCGCCGCGUACGCCCCGCGCCCUCUCAGCCAGCAGGCCUGUAACCUACAGCAGUGCGCCCAGUACAGCGUCUCUGACUGGAGCCCCUGUUCUGUGACCUGCGGGGUGGGGGAGCAGACCCGUGAUGUGGUUUGCGUUGGGGCGGGAGGGGUGCGGCUCCAGGACUACGCGUGUGGCUCUGUGCCCCGCCCAGUUCACACACAGCCCUGCCAGAGACCUGCCUGCGUCCGCCGGAUUGCCUGGCACAUAGGCGACUGGGGACUGUGCUCCAAGAGCUGUGGCUCGGGCCUGCGAGAGCGCCAGGUGAUCUGUUCAGACAGGGAGCGGAACCUGUACGGGGCGGAGCGCUGUAACACCCACCCCAAACCCCCGACAGUGGAGGCCUGCAACACGCAACACUGCUACAUUCCACAGCUGGUGCCCAGCAUGCAGGAUCCAAGUGGACAUGACAACACCCUGCACGGUUUCCGGCCCUUCAUCCCCGACAAUGCUACAGUCCAAAGGCCUGGGGACCCACACCACUCAAACACACUCCACGACCCCUACAACCCUGUGCUGGGGCCACACUGCUCCCAGUCCUACUACGGCUGCUGCCCAGAUGGUCACACCCCUGCCAGUGGGUACCACGGUCAGGGCUGCCCCCAGGAGUCCUGCACACGAAGCAGGUACGGGUGCUGCCUGGACGGUGUGACUGUCGCUCAUGGUCCCAACAGGGCAGGGUGUCCGGAGCACAAUGUGCACACCAACACGGAUCAGUACCCGGCCCGGCCCGAUCCCAGCGAGCAGUGCCGCUACACGCUCUAUGGGUGCUGCGAGGACCGGGUGACUCCAGCCACCGGACCUCACAGACAGGGCUGCUACCCGACUACCAGCGUUCAAAGGCCGGCCUGUUCCCAGCCGCACACCCCUGGCCCAUGCAGCGACUGGACGGCGCGCUACUACUACGACCCAGCCACCCGCGACUGCGUCCACUUCUGGUAUGGGGGUUGCCAGGGCAACCAGAACAACUUCCUGACCAAGGAGGAGUGCCAGAGGGACUGCCACGGCGUGGGCUGGACCCAGCCGCACACGGUGCAGGUGUCAGAGAGGAAGGAGGCCAGGCCCGGCCGCGAGCGGGACAUGAGGAGGGUGUUCACGGUGUACCGGGCUUCCUCCUCCUCCUCCGCCUCCCGCAACAGGCAGAGCACCAGCGCGGCGGCCCAGGCCCACAAGGCCAGGGUUCAGUACCACCCGCGCCGCCCCACCCCCGUCCAAGUCCAGCACACCUACCCCACAGAGAGCAGCGGAGUGAGCAUCGAUCAGUCGGAUCCUUCCACGGUGGAGGGCCGUGUGGGGCAGACGGUAGUGCUGCCGUGCAGGGUCACCCCGCCCCCGUCCUCCACUGUCAUCGUGGAGUGGAGGAGGGAUGGAAUUCAGCUCUCCCCAGACCGGCACCGUCAGCAACCAAAUGGCUCUCUGCUUGUGGGGCCUCUGAGCCUCCAGGACUCAGGCUGGCUGCUUUGUGUGGCCACAAGAGACCAAGAGAGAGAUCACCGCUACAUAUACCUGUCUGUCUCAGAGGGGCCAUCCCAGACUGCUCAGAACCCAACCACCUACCAGGGAAGUUCUGAUGGUCCAAGUACAGGAGGCAAUAAUCCAUCCAUCCCUCAGGUUACCCCAAGCUUUAAGAUUGACCGCACCGGCUCCUCAUUGGUGGAGCGGCGGGUGGGACAGACAGCCAGACUGCCCUGCAGGAUCAACCCCCCUUCAGCCUUAGCAUCUGUCAGCAUUGAGUGGACCAAGAGCGGACGCCCCCUGAACUCCCUCAGACAUUCCCAGCAGUCAGAUGGUUCACUGGUUAUUGGUCAGCUCACCUCUGAGGACUCCGGCUUCUACACCUGCACAGCCUCAAUUCACAACCAGAGGGAUCAGAGGCAGUUACAGCUCAAAGUACUUGGGGACUUGCGGAUCACUACGGCCCCCAAUAACGUGCAGGUGUCUCAGGGCAGCACAGCCCAGCUCCCCUGUGUGGUGUCGGGGGAAAACGUCAAUGUUGGCUGGUCUAGAAAUGGCGUGCCGGUGCGGCCGGACGGCAGGCAUGUUCAGGUUUCAGUGGAUGGGAGUCUGAUCCUGAACAACGUGCAGCCGGCGGAUGAGGGCUCCUACACCUGCAACGCGUACACCGGCACCUACUCCGUCAGCGCCACCGCCGAGGUCCGCAUCAGCAAGGCCUCGCAGAUAGCACCUCAGCCUGCUGUGCCCUCGGAAUGUGUGGACCAGCCGGACCUGGCGAACUGCGAUCUGAUCGUGUACGCCCGCCUGUGCACCAACCAGUACUACUCCAGCUUCUGCUGUGCCAGCUGUGCCCGGUAUGCACAGGGGGUGGAGGGCCCCGGCCAGCUGUGGUAGAGCUGGGAGGGGUGAGGCCGUUUCGGAAGGAUGGGGAUCGCUGCUGACGGGCAGGAGCAACGACUGUUCACCCCCCCCCAGAAAAAUAC